AGCUGAUAUAAAAGGAUUCCUUGUCGUGUCCCAGCAUCGAGUCUCGCGAGCGCAGAGAUGGCAUUUGUUCUUCGUUGGUUUAUCCUCCUCUGUGGGAUAAUCGGACUGGUGUCUAGUAGAACGAGUGAUAAGAAGAAAGAUAAUCACUGUCCUAAAGGCUGGACACAAUUGAACGACCGCUGUUUCAUCUUUCAAGAUUACCCAAGAGCGUUUUCAGACGCAGAGAGGGUCUGCAACAUUCUUGGGGGGAAUCUGGUCUCCAUCGGCAGUGCUUUGGAAUACGCCGUAGUUCUCCAAGUGAUUCAGGAUGGCACUUCGGACCCUUCUGCUGACGUCUGGAUUGGACUACACCGGGGUUUAGGGGAUGAUCUCUUCUUCUGGACUGAUGGCGCGGACGUCGAAUUCACUGCCUUCAACACUAACACCAACCCCGGAAAUUGCGUUGAGAUUGAAGAUGAUGAUCUACUCUGGGACACGGAUCUUUGCUCCAUAGCCAACCGAUUUGUUUGUGCCAGGGAUGUUGAGAAAUGUGACCACUGACCCACCCGACAACCAUCACUUGAUCGAUAACAAUUCAUUUUUUGGCAAUUGGCUAUUACGGUAGACUUCAUUUCUUCAAUGCAAAUGAGCCUCUUCUCAUUUACUUAAAAUGUUGUCGGUUGUUGUCCAUAAUUUGGAAAAAGUAGGGGAACAAUUAUCCAAUAAAGCAUUUGGGUGUGGUAUUCAA